AUGCAUUCAUCGUCAUCUAAACCUAAGUUUUCAUUCAAUUUAAUAAUCAAUGACUUGACCAAUGUUCCUCAAAUUAAUGGUUCUUGUUUCAUUGAAUUACAGAUUAAGGAUGGUAGCAGACACCACAGUGAUAGCAAAGUAUCAAAAUCCAUUUCAUCUACCAUAAUGGCUCCAUCAACUACUAGUAGAACCUUUCUCAACAAGUUUGACGAUUUCACUACUUCACUUUCGACAAGUCAGAAUUCCGGUAUGAAGGAAAGUACAACUUCUUCCCUGUCUGGUAAUGUUUCAGCUACAACGUCUCGUAAGAAGCUUCACAAUUUCAAAUGUAAUUUCAAUUAUAAAUUAAGUUGUAAUUUGAAAUUUAAUAUUAGAAAGAAAGGGAACUUGGUUGCUAAUAAGUAUUUGUUGCUCAAGAUAUUUUAUGUUAAUGAUGCAAGUGCCCAGAGCUUUGUUGGUGGACUGUCUCAAAUUACAGAAUUGGGUAGAUUGGAAAUCAAUUUAUCUGAAUAUUUAAAUUUUGAUGACAUGAUCACUACCAAAUAUUUGUUGAAUGAUUCUAAAGUAAAUUCGAUCUUAAGUCUUACCAUUGGAUUGAACGAGCUACCCCCAAAUUUCGAUUUCCAUACUCAAUUACAAAUACAAGAUAACCAAAGCAGUGUAAAUUCCAGAACUGAUACAUCCAAUUUAUCAUCUAGACCAACUACUAGGAAAAACAAUUUCAAUGUGCCACAAUUUGAGAAGAAGAAUAUUUUCAAUGGAAUUAACAAUGUAUUUGGAGAGAAUGGCACUUUUAACAAUUCGCCUCCAAGUUCUCCGUCAACUCCAGUUGAAAAUGGACAAGCACAACUGGGAUCUGUUGAUAAAUCCAAAACAGAGUCAAAUUUAUCUUUGGCCAACAACAAGAAUGGAGGACAACAAGAACAGCAACCAAAACAGCAGCAACAACAACAACAAAUUCUAAUGGAUCCAAUUGUUAGUCAAUUAUAUUGCAAGAUUUUGGAAAGUAGCUGGGAUCCGGAACUAUACACUUUGUUGACAUAUUCACCUGAACAAUGUAUUGAUGAUAUUUUCAAUAAUCCAAAGAACAAAUAUGGGUAUAAUUUGAAACUCAAGGAAUAUUAUGAAGCGAGAAAGAAGGAUGAUGAAGAAGAAAUGGGAAAAUUGGACGACUCAUAUCGUGAAUUAAAUGGCUUAAUAAGUGAGGUCAAAUACCGUCCUGAUUUGAAGAGUUGGAAUAUUCCAGAAGGUGAUUUACCUAGAUGA